AUGGAUCUAAUGAAAAAGUUUUGGAUAGACUUCAGGCAACGUUUCAUAUCAUUACUGUCCUAUCAGUUCAGUAAAUUUGGAUCAGCUUUUGCACUAAAUAUUCUCCACAACACAAACAUUAAAACAGUUGACAAUACAGAUGUCAAACAAUUGAAUAAAGAAGAACUGGAAGUUCAUUUGACUUUAUAUGAUUUGAAACGUCUGGAACUGUAUUCACAAAAUCUUGUCGAUUAUCAUCUGAUUGUAGAUCUGUUGCCAAUCGUUGCCAGACUUUAUUUUACCCAAAGAUUUAGUUCGCAAAUUCAUUUAUCGCACGUUCAGAACGCCAUUCUCUUGAGUAUUGGUUUACAACACAAAGAUAUCGAUGACAUAACCAAUGAAUUAGGUCUGCCUUCCGGUCAAGUGUUGGGUUUGUUUAGUCGUGUAAUCAAAAAGUUUGCAAACUAUUUGAAAGCAAUUGAAGAGAAAUCCAUUGAAAAGACAUUAACAAACAUUAAAUCAUUUGAUGAAAACAAGUUACGACCCAUCAGUCAGACACUGGACGACGAGUUAGAAGAAGCGGCACAAGUGGUCCAAAGGUCUGAGAAGAAACAAUUCAAAGAGUUGUCUAAAGAUUUGGCUCAGUAUGCCAUCAAAGGAUCGGAGGAUGACUGGGAUAGUGCUCUGAAAGGCAGCAAAAAGACAUUGAUUUCCAUCAAAAGUCUUGCAAAGCGAUCGAUUGGCGAUGAAAGCGGUGACCAAAAGUCUAACGAAAAAAAUCAUAAAAAGUUAUCCUUCAGCCACAGUUUGGCCAUAAUAUUUAACAGACAAUAG